ACAUUAAACUGCACUGUCGUUUCGCUGUUGAUGAAUGCUAUAUUGUGAUCUUCACCUGCGUAAGGAAGACGACCCAAAACCUGACGGUUAGAAGUAUGACGGCUUUGUGCUUUUGCUUCUCUAAAAACAGUCGUCAAGACUUCACAUAAAAGCGUCUAUCCUCGCAGGAAUGUAGUUUGGAGGGCGGAGACUCGCAGCAACAUUACAUUCUGCAUCCAGUAACUGUGAAAUAUGGACACUGCCGUGAGAAGAGCCGCGAUCGUUCGAGGUCGUUCAGCACCGUCCCAGACCGGAUCCGAGCGCAGCGCGACGGCAGGACUCGGGCUGGAGCUGGCGGAGAGGUGGAUGUAGUGCUCGGGCGCGGGAUCUGUAGCUCGUGCGCACCGCUGGAGUUCACCGCGAGCGUUCUUUUGUUGAGACCUUGUUUUCCGCCUGGCUGUUUUCAGAGGACCGGGGGACCGCUGUUCGUUUUAAGCCCCGAACCAGCUCUUGUAUCUGGGCGGGACGCGGAGAUAAGAGAGUUCAGCAUGAGGAAUAACGAGGAGACUGAGGGCUUUGAUGGCGAGGCCUCCAACACCUCGAUGAUUUCAGGAGCCAACAGCCCGUAUCAGCCGACCACCGAGCCCGUGCACUCCAGAAACGUGUUCAGGGCCAUCAGGUGUGACCUGGACUAUAUCAAGUCGCAUUUCGGUAUUUUAAAAGUUAUCGAAGUGGUCCUGGCUCUCAUCUCUUUCAUCUUCAUUGAGACCAUAAUGAUGUGCUCGCCCUGUGCCGGCGUCUACCUCUUUGAGUUUGUCAGCUGCAGUGCCUUCGUCGUCACAGGCGUCUUGCUCCUCAUCUUCAGCCUGAACCUGCACACCAAAGUGCCCCAUAUCAACUGGAGUCUAAUAGAUCUGAUCAACACUGCCACCAGCACCUUGUUCUUCUUUCUGGCUUCGGUGGUUUUGGCAGCUCUCAACCAUCAGACUGGAGCAGAGAUCGCAGCCGUGAUUUUCGGGUUCAUGGUGAUGGGUGUGUACGGUCUGAACACAUUUUUGGCAGUGAGGAGAUGGCGUCUCGGGGACUCGCGAGAUGGACCCCUGCAGACCAGCGAGUACAUCCGUGCCCGAACAGCCUCCCGGGGAGAGGUGGAGUCACGGCCUGAGCUGCAGUAGACCAAUGAACACCUGAGACGAGCAAAGCCCCUCCCAUCCUCGUGACGGGAGCCCGAAGAGCCGCAGUCGGGAUGAGAAUACGACUGCGUGAGCGCUCUUAAAUGGAUCAAACCUCUGGCGUCUUCAUCGGCCUCGGGCCAACUUUUCUGACUGUAUAUUUCUGUUAAUUAAGGGCUUUACCUUGUAACUAUAUGGAUAAUUAUUGACCGAAACACUCUCCACUGUGCUCCUAAACUCCCAGCGAGGAACGAUUUUAAUACGCCUGCAAUAAAACGGACAAAGCCCGUCGGUCGCCGUUUAAACCCCCCCUUAGCUCCGCAUUCUUAUGAAGGAUCAAUAAUAACUGUCCAGAAUGGAAUAAUGGAAAUGAACGGUCGCUGACUAGACCGAUGGAAGCGUAACGGGAAAUUGUAAGAGUAAUAAGCAAAAAAAUUUUCUGCCAUUGUGUUCCUGUAUCAAACACAUCUAGUAAACCGCCAUUGCAUCGGGCUGUUUUUCUUUAGAGGUGGAGCGACCCGUAUUUAUUUUAAUGUUAAUUAUUUUUUGUAAUACCGCAGCUUCGGUAGCUAGAUUGUAUCAAGUGUAGUAUUUCACCUCGUUAAUGUGACCCUGCAUUGCAACAGACGGUAACAGCUUUCAGAUCGUGUGCGUGGCUGAAGGGAGGUGCGAGUUUAUCAAACCGCUCUGAGGCUAGUCUUUAGAUACGAACUUUUAGCUACUAAAUCGUGUGCGCAUAGUCUGUUUUUGUCGUUUGUAAUAUUUUCUCUACUCCACUGUGUACUCCAACCCUGUUCAGUUAUCUGUAUAUGUUGAUCCAAGGCAAGGGUAGAGGUUUUUUUUUUUAAGAAGGUGUAUAUAUUACGUAACUGUGUGCGACAUUUUACGUUUCUGAAAGUUUCCUAUUUGUAUGAAUUGUGACACUAAUGGACUGUAUUUGAAGGAACAAGUGUACUUCAGUACAUAUGAAUGAAUUAGAUAAACUGUGUAUCUUUUUUGA